AUGGCGGUAUACAAACAAAGAACUUGUAGAAUAGGACUUAAUUAUUUAAGAAAUUUAGCAACUGUUAGACCUGUUAGACGUUUUUUUGAUCCUAAAAAUGAUGUAGCCUUCAAAAAGAUUUUUGGUGUGAAACAAAACAAGUCACUUUUAUUAAGUUUUUUAAAUUCAAUAUUAAGACGAGAGGGUGAUAAUAUGAUUGAAGAAGUUGAAUUAUUACCUCAGGAGCUAUUUCCUCAAUACGAAGAUUCUAAAAAAUCUAUUUUGGAUGUUUCUUGCCAAGACAAAAAAGGACGUAAAUACAUUGUUGAAAUGCAAAACAAAAGACUCAGCUCAUUCAUCCAAAGAUUAGAAUAUUAUGCCUCACGUACUUAUUCUGACCAACUCUUUGAAGGUGCAGAUUAUUUAGAACUUAAGCCAGUAAUUCUACUUGCUAUCGCAAAUCAUAAUAUUUUUCCUAAAAAGAUUCAAUGUAUUAGUUAUCAUCGCAAUCGUGAAGAGAAAUCAAAUAUAUGUUUUUUACCAAAUCUUUCGUAUGUAUUUGUUGAACUUCCAAAAUUCAGUAAAUGCAGUGAACAACUCGAAACUCCCGAGAACUAUUGGAUACAUUUAUUAAAGGAAGCCUCUGAUGAAAAUGAACCUUCAAAAGAAGUGCCUAAUGAGAUUCAAGAAGCUUAUAGAGUUCUUGAAAGACAUCGUUAUUCUCCUCAAGAUAUUUCAGAUGUUACAGGUUUAUCAGCUUUAAAAGUUGAGGAGUUAAAAAAUCAAUAA